CGAUGAGGGGUAGGGCUAUGGCGCCCAGACACCCUGGUGGUUAAGCACCGCAGUUCAACAUGUUCCUAACUUACCGCGCCUCACGGACUGGAGGAAACGGCGCUCGCCAAAGUCCUCACCUCCUUUCUUCUUGCUCAAAAGCAAGAUUGCUACAGGUUACCGCGCGAAUUUGAUUCGUAUUGGCCAGUUUCGUAUACACAUAUAAUACUAAAUAUUAGUUGUAAUUUUAUUGCAGUUUGCAAUGCUCAGUAAAGUAUGUGUUUUCAAUAAUAAGAUUUUUAUCCCGAAUUUUGUGGGCCAUGAUAUUUUCAUAAUAGCUCAUACCUAUGUUGAAAGUACCGAAAGUCGGCCUGCUGCCAAAUUUUAUGAAACAGCCAAAAUAAAACUCCCAUUAAGAGAUCCUGUUUUAAAAAAAGAUGUGUAUUUAGAUGUUACAGACAGUUAUGACGUGGGAUUGAAAUGUAUGAUAAUUGCAGUAAUAGAUUUCACCAACAAGUGGUCCUUAUUUGUUUAUUUUGACUUUCCAACUUCUAAUUUAUUUCGAGUUCAGUGUUUAGACUGGCCCUCCAAGACUAUUCUUCUCCCAAAUAUUAACUUUUUUUUCACUCAUGGACCGACGUGUUUAAUGCUGCAUGAGAAUCUGUUAGAGUUAUUCUUAUUAUCACACAAGCUGAAGUACUGUUUUAAUUUAAAAUCUAUAUUUUCUGCAAACUUUAAAAAUUUAAAAUUACUUCAAAUUGUAGGUUUAGGAAAGGUGGGACGUAAAUUGCCUCUUGAUGUCUUACUUAUUAUUUUAAGUUAUAAUGUAGGAGGCUAUCAAUUAAUUCAAAUUAUAUCACUUGGCUUAAAUUCACAGAAAAAAGAUUCAUCUGUCACAUGUAGAAAAUUAGCGACAUCAUUCUUCUUUCCUAAAUGUUACGAAAGUGCAUUAAGAACUGUCAAAGUUUUUAAUAUUCAAAUACCAGAAAGAUCAUCUGUGACAAAUUUCAGUGAAAUCAACUGGACUAAAAAUCAUGCUGUUGUUUGCACCGAAUCUGAAUGCCUCAUAUUCACCAAAGGAAUAUUAAAAUAUUGUUGCAAUAUUUCUCUGCCAUUUCCUGAAAUCCUCUAUCUUAAAGCUGAGUUACGAUCGUUAGCAACUGAGAAUGUUAACUUGAUACUUAGUUCUGGAAAACAAAGUGUUUAUUUCUUAACAGAUAAGAAGAAAAAUAACCUUCAGAUUAGCAAAGUAUGGACUGGCAUAAAAAUUGCUCUGAUUGGUGAUAUUUUAAAGAAGGGUGUAGUGCAGGUAUUACUUUUAAAAAAUUCUUCAUUUAGUGAUUGGCAAGAUGGCUGCAUCUUAACAGAUAUUUCAUCCUUUAUCCCAAUGGAUAUUGGAGAUCAAAGUUCUAUUCCUGAUGAAUGUCUCAAAGCAACUAUAUCCGGAUUACAGAAGAAAAUUCAAGAUGGAAAUCUGUUAAUUGCUGAACGAGAGUUUGAAAUAUCUCAGAAGAUAGCUGCAACUUUUGAUGCAUUGUAUAAAUUGCAUGAUUCUACACUGAUCGACAAAAAUUUAGAUCAACGCUGUGUAAAUUCUUUCCAAGAGUCUUUGGUUGACAUAAUUCUGCACAAGGAUGAAAAUUCUAAUGAACAAAGCAAAAUUCCACUGCAAAAUGAGGCACUUGUGAAGCUAAAUAGACACUGGAUGAAGUUGAUUAAUCAUCACUUGAUGAUGUGUUGGACAUUUAGCAAUGAAAGUGAAAGGACAAUAUGCCAUCCUUUUCUGAAAAUAUUUAUAGAAGCUCAGUCAGUGCAAUGUGUACAAAAAUUAUUUGUGCAUGAUUCCUCCACUGUUUCAUUUGAUGACAGAAGUGAAAAGGAAGUUAAUUCAAAGACAAAUUUCACAAUUAUUGUUAAUUUAAUCAACAUUCCGAAUUUUACUGAAAGAAACAUAAAAUCAUAUGCAGUUUUGUCAUGGUACGUGGGCUCAUCAAGUGAACUAAAUAAUGAAAUUUUGCUACCAGAAGAGGAGAAACAAUUAAUACAAAACCAGUUAUCAUUAGCAAUAAAUUUAUCAACAGACAUUUUCAAUUGUGUGCAACAAAAAGAUGCUUUUAGCUGUGAAGAUAUAUUGCUUAUGAAAGUUUUACAGCAAAGAAUUGUGCUAAAUGUUUCUUCUUUAUAUUCAAAUCUCACAGAUAUUGAAAAAUACUUAUGCCUAGAUUCUGAAAUUGUUCAUAUAUUUCUUCUCAAAAGAGUGAACUUGAAAUGUUUGGUCUUUAAGUCCAAACAAAUGCAGCUUUUUGGUGUGCAUAUGACUUUUAAACACAUAAACUCAAAACUUGUGGAAAUAGAAGCAUUUACUAGGUAAGUAUGCUGAAUUUAUUGACUGC